AUGGGUUCUGUCCGCGACAACUUUAAAACCAAAUCUGGCGAUCCCUUAACUAUCGGUGUCGGCUCCGGUACCAAAUGGCAAUGGCUUAAGAAGGCCAGAUCCGAAGACGAGAAGGAUCAGUUAGUAGAGCCACUUGUGACUACUAUCUUGAGUGCCUUGGAGCAGGGUUUCAACCAUGUUGACACCGCCGAGAUGUACACCACUCACGAGGAGGUUGGUGAGGCGUUGAGAAGAGCUGGCUACCUCACCGAUGAAAAAGCCCGUGAGAAGGUCUGGAUCACUGACAAGUACUAUCCAGGCGGUUUCUUCACCCAGCCUCCUUUCACAGAGAGUACUACUGCCUCCAUUGACGUUGCCUUGCAGAAGAUUGGCACCAACUACCUCGACUUGUACUUGUUGCACACCCCGUUCUUCGACCCUACCAAGACCAGUACUGGGUUGGCCAUCAAGGACAUCUGGCAGCAGAUGGAGCAAGCAGUGAGAGACGGCAAGGUCAGAUAUAUCGGUGUGUCCAACUUUGCCGCUUCCCACAUUGAGGAAAUCCUUUCUUAUUCCACCAUCAAGCCCGUGGUUAACCAGAUCGAGUUCCAUCCAUUCUUACAGGAACAAUCACCAGGUAUUGCCGCUUUCUGUGCUAAGAAUGACAUCUUGAUUGAGACCUACAGCCCCCUUGCCCCACUCUUCCGUGAUGACUCUGGUAAAUUGAACGAGACUUUAGAUAAGAUUGGUGCAAAGUACCAGAAGAAUAACGCACAGGUGUUGCUCAGGUACGUUAUGGAGAAGGGUCACCUUCCAAUCACCACCUCCUCUAAGGCUGAGAGAUUUAAGGAAGCCAUGGAAAUUCAUUCCUUUGAAUUAUCCAAGGAGGAUGUCGCUUUGAUUUCCGAGGAGGGUGCCAAGCACCACUUCAGGGCGUUCUUCGCCGAUGAAAGAUUCUUGUCCACUUCCAAGAACGUCCAAGCCACCGUGGCUCGCAGCGCUUCUUCCACCUUUGCUGAAUACAGAAGCAAACAGACUCAACAGCUGGGCCCUUUGUACUCCUCCAAGACCCAAAAUGUCGGUGAGAAGAGCGAGGAAUUCAAGCGCUUUGCUGAAAUGGCCAGGUCCACUGCUUACAACAGCGAAGGCAAGGCCGCCUCAGUUGAAGCCAGACUUUAA